AUGUAUAAUUCACAGGACUCUAUCACUUUCAAAAUGACCGAUGUUGCAUGUACAAGUCAUAACAGAUCGUGGUUGCGGGUAAAUGUGUGCCGCUUGAAGGCGAUAAGUCGAUACAAAGUAGUGUUCAACUUUAAUGCUACCCUGUUUUACCCAACCAACGACAUCCGAGUGACUUAUCGGAUCUUCAAGAGGGAGAGUGGCUAUAAACCAUGGCUUAUAAAUGUCGAGAUCGACUGUUGCCGAUUUUUGAGAAAACCCUAUGACGCCAUGGGUAUUAUGAUAUAUAACUUCUUCAAAAACUUUACAAAUGCAAAUCACACUUGCCCGCUAUCUGGUGAUCUCAUCGUGAAGAACAUGUAUCUGAGCACUGAACCAUUUAAGGGACUUCCUUGGCCCUCCGGCGACUAUUUAUUGGCAAUGGCUUGGAAGUUCUAUAGGAAGCCCCAGUUCGACACAAACGUUAGCUUUCAAUUUAUUGAGAAUCUAUUAUAG